GGUCCAAGAAUUCCACGUGAUUCAUUUUCUUCACUGCGGCUCCGUGUCCCAAAUCUGACAUAUGUCAGACGGUCUACACGUUUUUCGAAAUAAUCACACCGAUAUUCUAAAUAUCCAUUCGAUUUUACGCUAAUAUGUCGAAAAAGAAGGGUAAUAAGAAAAACAAAAACCAAGACGAUGAUUGGGAAGAGCCGGCAAUCAGUGUGCCUGGAAAAGAAGAAAAAACUGAGAUAACCUCGAACCCAGGUAAAUCCAAAGCAGGUAAGAAAGGCAAAGGCAAAAAGAAGGACGAUUGGAGCGACGACGAAAAUGAUAAGGAUAAGGAUCUGCAGGUAGUGGAUGAAGAAUCCAUACCUGCACCUGUAUCCAAAAAGAACCAGAAAAAAUCUAAAAAGAAAAACAUAGAUAUUGAAAUUGAAGAUGAAGCAGAAUUAUCAGACAAUUCUAGCAGUACUAUUUCCAAAACAAGUAAGAAAAAAGUUGGUGGUAAGACCAGCAAAAAAGGCAAGAAUGAUGAUUGGAGUGAUGAUGAAAAAGAAACAAAGUUAGACCUGCAAAUUGAAUCUGAUGAAGAAGUUGCCCAACCAAUCAAGAAAAACAAGAAAAAUAAGAAAAGCAAAAAGGAAGUGCCAGAGCCAGAACCUGCAUCAGAAGAUGAAGAAUUAGAGGAAGAAGAUAUUCCUGAAGUUGAGGGAACAAAUAAAAAUGAGAAAAACAAUGAAAAAACUAAUCAGAUUGAAGAAGAAGGUGAUGGAGAUGCUGCAGUUUCUGAAUUGACUGAUAAAGUAGUAGAAAUGAAAGUAGAAGAGAAGAAAUUAACCCACAAAGAGAAGAAAAAGUUGAAGAAGCAACAGGAGUAUGACAAACAGAUGGAAACAAUGCUUAAAAAAGGUGGACAAGGACAUUCUGACCUAGAUAGCAACUUCACAGUAUCACAAUCACAAAAAUCUGCCAAUCAAAUGGCUGCUUUAGAGAAUGCAGUAGAUAUUAAAGUCGAAAAUUUUACUAUUUCUGCUAAAGGCAAUGAUUUGUUUGUUAAUGCCAAUUUACUUAUUGCAAAUGGCCGACAUUAUGGACUGGUAGGUCCUAAUGGCCAUGGAAAAACAACACUUCUACGGCAUAUUGCUCAACGUGCGUUUGCUAUCCCACCAAACAUCGAUAUUCUGUAUUGUGAACAAGAAGUUGUUGCUGAUGAUUACACUGCAGUGGAUACAGUGUUACGCGCGGAUGUAAAAAGAACUUCACUGCUUGAGGAAGCUAAGAAAUUAGAAGAUAAAACAGAUACAGAGUCACAAGAACGUUUGAAUGAAGUGUAUGAUGAGUUAAAAGCCAUUGGUGCUGAUUCUGCAGAGCCUAAAGCCCGCAGGAUUCUCGCUGGUUUGGGUUUUAGUAAAGAUAUGCAAGAUAGAGCUACGAAAAAUUUCUCUGGUGGUUGGCGCAUGCGUGUGUCAUUAGCGCGUGCUUUGUACAUGGAACCGACCUUAUUAUUGCUUGAUGAACCUACUAACCAUUUGGAUUUGAAUGCUGUUAUUUGGUUAGAUAAUUAUUUACAAACAUGGAAGAAAACACUCCUGAUUGUUUCCCACGACCAGUCUUUCUUGGACAACGUGUGCAAUGAGAUCAUACAUCUAGAUCAGCAGAAAUUGUAUUACUAUAAAGGAAAUUAUUCUAUGUUCAAGAAGAUGUACGUGCAAAAACGUAAAGAGAUGAUCAAGGAGUACGAGAAGCAAGAAAAGAAAAUCAAAGAGAUGAAAAUGCACGGAACGUCAAAGAAGGCCGCGGAAAAGAAGCAGAAAGAGGUGUUAACUCGUAAGCAAGAAAAAAAUCGUAGUAAAAUACAGAAACAAGAAGACGAGCCACAAAUGACCGAAUUACUCCAGAGGCCACGAGAAUACAUUGUUAAGUUUUCGUUCCCCGAGCCACCGCCAUUACAGCCGCCGAUUCUCGGGUUGCAUAAUGUGACUUUUUCAUACGAGGGACAAAAACCGUUGUUUAUCAACACUGACUUUGGUAUUGACUUAAGCAGUCGUGUCGCGAUUGUAGGACCAAAUGGCGUCGGGAAAUCCACUUUCCUUAAACUGCUUACCGGUGAUAUACAACCUUCGCAAGGUGAAGUUCGAAAAAACUAUCGAUUGCGUAUUGGAAGAUUUGACCAGCACUCCGGUGAGCAUCUCACCGCUGAAGAAACACCCUCGGAAUACCUGAUGCGUCUCUUUGAUCUUCCCUAUGAAAAAGCACGGAAACAACUUGGUACAUUCGGGUUAUCCAGUCAUGCGCAUACAAUCCGCAUGAAAGAUUUAUCCGGUGGUCAAAAAGCACGCGUGGCACUAGCGGAAUUAUGUCUAAUGGCGCCGGAUGUUGUCAUCCUUGACGAACCGACUAAUAACUUAGACAUUGAAUCAAUCGAUGCGCUUGCGGACGCCAUUAACGAUUACCAAGGCGGUGUGAUUAUUGUCUCCCACGACGAACGUCUCAUCCGUGACACAGAAUGCGCGCUGUACGUCAUCGAAGACCAGGCCAUCAACGAAGUGGACGGUGACUUCGACGACUACCGGAAAGAACUCUUGGAUAGCCUCGGCGAGGUUAUCAAUAAUCCUAGCAUAGCAGCAAAUGCAGCUGUACUCCAAUAACUGUAAACAACUCUUUGUUUUGGAUUAUAAUUGUUUUUUAUCAUCUAAAGGCUUAACGUUGAAAUAAGAA